CUGCGUUCCACACGCCUGUGCGUGCUUCUCAACUCCACACGCCACUCAUUAAAUAUACACACAAACAUGUUUUUAUUUAUUUAUAUAUCACCCUAUCAAAAUCUUUCAUCUUCUCUCGUUCUUGAAUUCGUUCAGUGGAUUCAUACAAGUGAGGAUGGUUUCGGAGGAUCCUGUUUCAAGAAGGAAUCAAAUCGAUGUGGCUGCAAAGAAAUCAAACAAGGGGUCUUUACCCAGUAAAAAGAACAUCCUGAAAGCUCCUAAAAGAGUGCAUAAAGCUGAAAGGGAGAGGUCGAAACGUGACCACAUGAACACUCUAUUUUUUGAGCUUGGAAAAAGUCUUGAACCAGAUCAUCAUGACAAGGGAAAGGCUUCGACAUUAAACCAUUGCAUUAGGCUUCUUCAUGACCUCCUUGCUCAGGUGGACUGCCUCAGGAAGGAAAAUUCAGCUCUAUUAUCUGAAUCUCAUUAUGUGUCUAUUGAAAAAGAUGAACUAGUAGAAGACAAUUCUGCGCUUAAGGCACAGAUUGGAAAGCUGCAAACUGAGAUCGAUGAGAAAAUACAGCCUCCAUCUUUGUGGGGAUUCAAUCAACCCCAAUCACAAAUUGAGGGAAACCUCGAGCAACAGCUGGAAGGUCCUCACAUUGUUGUGCCACUGGCUGAUCAUGCAACACCGACCGCACCAAUUGUGAGUCCAAUUUUUGUCAUGCCCUUGCAGGAUGAUAGUCAAGUGCAUCCAGAGACUGAUACUGUGAAGGCUACACUGCGGCAUCCUCCACAUAUAAGCAGACCACAUGCUCGCUAUCCAUCUCCCUCAGAUUCCUGGCCAUCUCAAAUUCUUUCCGAAAAGCCAAAAGGCACAGAACACAUUACCCAGCAUAGUAGCUGCUAAAAUUAUCUUCAGCCUUGAAGACAAAAUUCAAGUAGUGUAAUCAGUACCAGAGGUGAUAGAUAUAGAGCACUGGUUUGUAAAGUACAAGGGUUUUUUUAAGUUUGACUGUUUGAGUAA